AUGAACAGGGUUCUGAUUGCAGUUCAACCGAACGCGCGGAUGCAGUAUUUUGACGUUGAAGCCACAACAUGGAAACCAUUGGCAUCCACAAUACCGGCAAUUCAGGCAGCUCCGUGUUACUGCGCAGUCUCUUUUGGCAGCGAGUUGUUUGUUGCUGGGUUUGACUCUUCAAUUGGUCGUUGCAUUUUUCAGUAUGAUACAGAAAGAAAUGUGUGGGAAAAGCUGCGUCACCCAGAUGUUGUAAUCAGUGACUUAUGUGUUAUUGAUGAUCAUAUGUAUGCAAUUAGUGCUAAUUCAGAUCAGGCUUCUCAAAGAUACAGCUUUGCCAAACGUCAAUGGCAAAGUAUUGCACUAGUAGGUACAAGAGGCAAAAAUUAUCGCCCCAGCAAAAAUGGAGUAAUAUUGCAUUCAAAAGUGUUUGUACUUUAUGAAAAUAGAUCACAGUUGCCAUCAGCGAUUUUUUCCCCAGCAGUACUAAAUUGUUUUGAUCCAGUAAAGAAUGAAUGGAAAGUGAAAGCAGCAACCUGCCAACCUCACUUUGGAUCCAGUCUUCUUGUAGUAGACAAUAGACUCUAUGUUGCAGGAGGAUGUGUUUCAAUGAACGUUAAUAAUUUCGGCCAAUACACCAGUCCAAGCGGUAACCCUGCACCUGUUGAAAUGUAUAAUGAGGAAAACAACACUUGGUCUGUUAUUGAACAAAAACACAUUCCCUCAAACAACCUUGGUGCAGUGGAAAUAGAAGGGAGGGUGUAUUUCAUAAUAAACAGUUUCCCAAUUGACAGUGGCAUAAGAAUUCCCCCAGGGGAGUUGUACCCUGUUCCUCUGGGGGAGUGGGAAAAUUUAAGAAAAAUUGACAAAGGUUACUUUCCUUAUUACCACGAGUGGCCGAGCAUGCUCAGUAUAAAUGCCGAAUACGCUUCAACAACAGUCCAAGGUUCUGACACAUCAUAA